UUUGUCUUUUUAUCACUCAAGUUUAGCAUCAUAUCUUCUCCUUAACCACCAAGAAAUUCAUGCUCCUUAUUAAGAAACUUGAGCCACAUGGUCCACAGAAUUGACAGAGUCCCAUUCUCAAGCAUAUUCAACAUAUUAGUAGUAGAAGAGAGAGUGAUACACUGAAGUAGUGGAACAGAGGAGGCAGAGUAGACAAAGAUGAGUGCCGAUUGGGGACCGGUGAUCGUCGCGGUGGGACUGUUCAUCCUCCUAUCUCCAGGGCUGCUCUUCCAGUUCCCAUCAAGGUUUAGGGUUGUUGAGUUUGGAAACAUGAGCACUAGUGGAAUUUCCAUUUUAGUUCAUGCAAUCAUUUUCUUUUGUAUACUUACCAUCUUGGUUAUUGCUGUAGGCGUUCACAUACACAUUAAUUGAUACAAAUCAAUCCCAAGUUUCAUAGAA